ACGGCCCUGCAGGGCACACACAGACAAGGGGACAGGAUGGAGGGCCCUGUGCUGACACUGGGGCUGCUGGCCACCUUGGUGGUGUGUGGCAGCUGGGGCCUGAACGAGGAGGAACGGCUGAUCAGGCACCUGUUCACGGAGAAGGGCUACAACAAGGAGCUCCGGCCGGUGACCCGCAAAGAGGAGAGUGUGGACGUCUCUCUGGCUCUCACUCUCUCCAACCUCAUCUCCCUGAAAGAAGUGGAGGAGACCCUCACUACCAACGUCUGGAUAGAGCACGGCUGGACAGACAGCCGGCUACAGUGGGAUGCUGAAGAAUUUGGGAACAUCAGUGUCCUGCGCCUGCCCCCUGACAUGCUGUGGCUUCCCGAGAUUGUGCUGGAGAAUAACAAUGACGGCUCCUUCCAGAUUUCCUACUCCUGCAAUGUGCUGGUCUUCAACUCGGGCUAUGUGUACUGGCUGCCACCCGCCAUCUUCCGCUCCUCCUGCCCCAUCUCUGUCACCUACUUCCCCUUCGACUGGCAGAACUGCUCCCUUAAGUUCAGUUCACUCAAGUACACGGCCAAGGAGAUCACCCUGAGCCUGAAGCAGGAGGAGGAGGAUGGCCGCGCUUACCCCGUGGAGUGGAUCAUCAUCGACCCGGAGGGCUUCACAGAGAACGGGGAGUGGGAGAUAGUGCACCGGCCAGCCAGGGUCAACGUGGACCCCAGUGCCUCGCUGGACAGCACCAGCCGCCAGGAUGUCACCUUCUACCUCAUCAUCCGCCGCAAGCCGCUGUUCUACGUCAUCAACAUCCUGGUGCCCUGCGUGCUCAUCUCCUUCAUGAUCAACCUGGUCUUCUACCUGCCUGCCGACUGUGGCGAGAAGACGUCCGUGGCCAUCUCGGUGCUCCUGGCCCAGUCUGUCUUCCUGCUGCUCAUCUCCAAGCGGCUGCCUGCCACGUCCAUGGCCAUCCCCCUCAUUGGCAAGUUCCUGCUCUUUGGCAUGGUCCUGGUUACCAUGGUGGUGGUGAUCUGUGUCAUCACCCUCAACAUCCACUUCCGAACACCCAGCACCCACAUGCUGUCCGAGGGCGUCAAGAAGCUCUUCCUGGAGACCCUGCCAGAGCUCCUGCACAUGUCCCGGCCGGCAGAGGACGGGCCCAGCCCCGGGGCCUUGAUCCGGAGGAGCAGCUCCCUGGGCUACAUCUCUAAGGCUGAGGAGUACUUCUCACUCAAGUCCCGCAGUGACCUCAUGUUUGAGAAGCAGUCCGAGCGGCAUGGGCUGGCCCGGCGCCUCACCACUGCCCGCAGGCCCCCAGCAAGCUCUGAGCAAGCCCAGCAGGAGCUCUUCAGUGAGCUGAAGCCCGCUGUGGAGGGGGCAAACUUCAUCGUUAACCACAUGAAAGAUCAGAACAGUUACAACGAGGAGAAGGACAGCUGGAACCAGGUGGCCCGCACAGUGGACCGCCUGUGCUUGUGUGUGGUGACGCCCGUCAUGGUGAUAGGCACAGCCUGGAUCUUCCUGCAGGGCACCUACAACCAGCCUCCACCCCAGCCUUUCCCCGGGGACCCCUUCUCUUAUGACCUGCAGGACAAGCGCUUCAUCUAGGGUGGCCCCGCUGGGCAGCGUUGUGGACAGUGAGUCAGAGAGGAGAGGCCAGCUCAAGCCCUGGGCUGUAUCUGCUUGUCCUACGAGGCUGGGGCCAAGGUCAAGGCAAGGCCCGGAGCAGCCCCUGCUCAAGAGCAGGAGCCACCUAUGUGGGCUGAAGGUAGAGUAGGCUGGAGGGUUUGGGGAGACGAGGAGGCUUGCUCAGGGACCAAGGAUGGUGUCACUGCAGCCAGCCUCAGGGAAAGAGUGCUAUGAGGGUCCCACAGACGGUGCCCUUCUCCGCCUUCCCUCCCCAAGGGGGCAGAGCAGGCAGGACUCUGGGCCUGUGCUCCCGGCUCCCCCUGCUCCCCCACCUUCAGCUUGGGUUUCUGAAGGCCCAGCUGGGGCCGAGGGUGAGUGUCUUCCUCUCUCCCGGGCCUGGGGAAGGAGGUCUUCUGCAGGGUGGGAGCAGCAGGGUCCAGUGUGAUUUUUCUAGUCCUUUCUGCUGUAGGUGCUGUGGGUCUCUCCAGGAAGCCGGGGGCUGGUGUCAGAGGGCUGGUCUUGGCAUCCACCAGGGUCCUGGUCUUCCUGAGGUCCCAUGUAUAACCCUAGAGUGCUAGAUCUCGGACCCCCUGGAGUGAGUGCUGCUCCUCCUCCCCACAGUAGGGUUGCCAGGCAAUCUUUGGGACAUACUUACUCUAAGCAAUGAUUCAUUUUUAUCUAAAAUUCAUAUCUAACCAGGCAACCUGUAUUUGUAUUUGCUAAAUGUGUCAAUCCUCUCCCAAAGGGAACCCCACUGCCUCCUAUCCCAAGGGCCAAAGGCUGAUGCUGUAGGAACCCUAGUCGUGGUUGGCCCACCUCCAAGAUAGUCCAGUGACCCCUACCUCCUGGCAUUCACACCCUGUGCAGUCGUCCACCUGGAAGCUGGCUGGUGUGUGUCACCAGCGGAAUGAGGCGGAGGUGAUGGUAGGUCACUUCUGGGAUAAGGUCAUAAAAGGCACAGCCAGUCCCGUUCACACACAGUAACUCACUCUGGGGAGCCAUCUGGGAAGCUGAGGCCCUGUGGAGAUGCCCACAUGGCAGAGAACAGAGGCCUCCAGCCGACAGCCACUGAGUGAACUUGGAAGUGGAUCUUCUUGCCCCAGUGAAGCCUCCAGAUAUCACAGCCCCCUGAAAGCCCCUGAGCCAGCUGAGCUGCUCCUGGAUUCCAAACACUC